GAGAGAGAGGACUGCCACGACUGAGAGUAGAAAGCACAGACAAGCAGCCAGAAACCAAAUAAAUAAAAAAUUAAAGGAAAAAAAGAAGAAGUAGAAAUUAGAAGUGAAAAAGAAAAACGAAAAGGAAAGCAAAAACUUCCGUAGAAAUUUUGCUUUGCAGUUUUCUUCCGUUUCCCAUUCGUUCCCAAAUUUCUGCAGAUCUGAUUUUCCAUUGGAAUUUUCGGAUUCCCGAAGUCUUCGAUUCCGGCGAAAACCCUAGAGAAAUGUUCCGAUUCGAGCAGGAGAAGAUCCGGAAACGAAUUUGACGCCCGAAUUCUGUGUCCUUCGAUCGGUGAAUUCGUUUCUUUUGAAAAUUUUGUAAUUCCUAGGGUUUGACAUGGCCGACGGUAUUUCAGUGAUUCCCGCGGGCGUCCUCCGCAACCUCGCGGACAAGCUCUAUGAGAAGCGCAAGAAUGCCGCUCUUGAGGUUGAGGGAAUAGUGAAGCAGCUCACGACGGCUGGGGAGCAUGAUAAGAUUACGGCGGCGAUCAAUUUGCUCACUACGGAAUUCACUUACUCGCCGCAAGCCAACCACCGGAAGGGAGGAUUGAUAGGAUUAGCUGCUGCAACAGUUGGGUUGACCAGUGAAGCGGCUCAGCAUCUUGAGCAAAUUGUGCCCCCUGUGCUUAAUUCCUUUUCGGACCAAGAUAGCAGAGUUCGUUAUUAUGCUUGUGAAGCUCUAUAUAACAUUGCAAAGGUUGUAAGAGGAGAUUUUAUCAUAUUCUUUAAUGAUAUAUUUGAUGCCUUGUGCAAGCUUUCAGCAGACUCAGAUGCUAAUGUACAAAGUGCUGCUCAUCUUUUAGAUCGGCUUGUAAAGCAGGAUAUUGUUACUGAAAGUGAUCAAUUCAGCAUUGAAGAAUUUAUUCCACUGUUGAGGGAGCGUAUGAAUGUCCUGAAUCCCUAUGUCCGUCAGUUUUUGGUUGGAUGGAUCACUGUCUUAGACAGUGUUCCAGAUAUUGACAUGCUGGGAUUUCUUCCUGAUUUUCUUGAUGGCUUGUUCAAUAUGUUAAGUGAUUCAAGCCAUGAGAUUAGACAACAAGCUGAUUCAGCACUUUCAGAGUUUCUCCAGGAGAUCAAGAACUCCCCAUCUGUAGAUUAUGGUCGCAUGGCUGAAAUACUGGUACAGAGAGCUGAUUCACCGGAUGAAUUUACUCGGUUAACAGCUAUCACAUGGAUAAAUGAAUUUGUAAAACUUGGUGGGGACCAGCUUGUUCCCUAUUAUGCUGAUAUUCUGGGAGCAAUUCUACCCUGCAUAUCUGAUAAAGAAGAGAAAAUUAGAGUGGUUGCUCGUGAAACCAAUGAGGAGCUUCGUGCCAUUAAGGCUGAUCCAGCUGAAGGAUUUGACGUUGGAGCAAUCCUCUCUAUUGCAAGGAGGCAAUUAUCUAGUGAAUGGGAGGCUACUAGAAUCGAAGCACUGCACUGGAUUUCAAACCUUUUAAACAGAUAUCGCGCUGAGGUUCUAACUUUUCUGAACGAAAUAUUUGACACCCUUUUGGGAGCACUCUCAGAUGCAUCUGAUCAGGUGGUUCUCUUGGUCCUAGAAGUUCAUGCAUGCAUAGCAAAAGAUCCACAGCACUUUCGCCAGCUUGUUGUGUUCCUUGUGCAUAAUUUUCGUGUGGACAACUCUCUUCUAGAGAAACGUGGUGCGUUGAUUAUUCGCCGACUUUGUGUGCUUUUAGAUGCUGAAAGGGUCUACCGAGAACUGUCUACCAUACUAGAAGGAGAGUCAGACCUGGAUUUUGCAUCUAUUAUGGUUCAGGCUUUGAACUUGAUUUUACUUACAUCCUCCGAGUUGGCUGAGCUUCGAGAUCUUUUGAAAAGGUCACUUGUGAAUCCUUCUGGGAAAGACUUAUUUGUUUCCUUAUAUGCUUCAUGGUGCCAUUCACCCAUGGCAAUUAUAAGCCUCUGCUUAUUAGCUCAGACAUAUCAGCAUGCAAGUACUGUGAUUCAGUCUCUGGUUGAAGAAGAUAUUAAUGUCAAGUUUUUGGUCCAGCUGGAUAAAUUGAUUCGGUUACUAGAAACUCCAAUCUUUGCGUAUCUUAGAUUACAGCUUCUUGAACCUGGAAGACAUAUAUGGUUGUUAAAAGCCUUAUAUGGUCUUCUGAUGUUGCUUCCUCAGCAAAGUGCCGCCUUUAAAAUUCUGAGGACGCGUUUAAAAACUGUACCUUCAUACUCAUUCGACAGUGAGCAACUCAGAAGAACUUCUUCAGGGAAUCCCCAUCAGAUUCUACAUCACAUGCCAAGUGCCAGUAGUUCGCAGAUCAUUGAAGACGGUGACAUAAACCAGGCCAGUAAGAGUUCUCAUAAUGGAAUUAACUUUACUUUAAGACUACGGCAGUUUGAGCAAAUGCAGCAGCAACAUCGUCAAAAUGCAAAGCUGCAGGCACAAACACAAAGAACUUCCACAGCUUCUUCAACACCGAAGGAUGUGCAGAGACCAGAAGAACAAAGCCAUAGCCGAUCUGCAUCAGACGUGAUUAGGGCGCCUUCCAGAUCUCGGAGGGCCCCGGGGCAGUUACAAUUAUAACGUUGCUGCAUCAGGACACUGGCCGAGGCUAAUAUGUUCUCAUCUCAGGGAGGAGGAAGCAUCGGAGUCGUGGAUGACGGGAUCCGGUAUAGUUUGUAAAGUUGUAUAUCGUAGUAGUUUGUUGUUAAAAGCUCGUGGCGGCCGGGAUGGUAAAAAUUUGGUUUUAAAUUGAGUCGAGCUCAGCUGUAAGCUCGAGCUAUUCUUUCGGACUUGUGCAAGCGAGCGGGGAAGUGCCCUACGUGGUUGUGUUAUUUUUUUAUCGAAAACCACGCGGGGGUAGGAGGAGGGAGAUACUCUGAUUUAGAAGACGCAGUCUGUUUUAUUAAUACUGCCUGUUACAGCAAUCUUAUAAAAACUAAGUCCUUCAUCUUCAUGUACACCUUCGAUCCUGAAAAAUGGAAAAAAGAAAAGGAAAGUUUAAUGUGUAGUA